CUUCAAGUCGUCACGAUUCCUGUCAUGCCGACUCCAUCCUCCACAAGUCCAACUAAUGGAACGAAGCCAAACUGACGGUAACACUACUCCUCGGACCAAAACCCACCGAACCACCACUUCCUGCGGGGAAACCUGCGGCAAGGUUUGUGCAUGGCAUGACUGCAAUCCGAUCUACAGAAUACGGGGUCCCCAACCUUUGGCCCGCUUUUCAGCUUCAUCAUACCCCGGAUUGGUCCUUGUUGCUCGGCCAUCCUCCGAGUCAGUGUUGACGUCCUACAACUACAUCCUCGGCUUCUCGCCGUGCAUUUAUAUAGCUGCACACGGGGUGUUUGCUACGGUGAAGGGUUGAGCAUGCGCGACACUCAUCCUUUGUUAGCUUUUUUCUCUCCUAUCCAUCCAAAAUGGCUGUCUGGUAUGCUUUUGGCGUGGCUAUGUUCGCUGCCAUUGGAACUUUCUUGUUUGUAAGGGAUUCGACACAGGCAUUGCCACGACAAGUGAGAAAACUUCAGUCAUACAACCUUCUCCGCAUUAGCUAAC